CAUCAUCGACUCCCAUCUUCAGCAGUUGAAACAUCUCCAGCUCUCUUUCUUUUUAGCGAAUCAAUAUGAAGUCCUUUGUUGCCCUUUCCGCCUUGGUCUUGGCCGUUUGCGUCGUGAGUAGCCAGGGCAAGUCUUUCGGCAACAAGAACGUCAACAAAAAUGUCAACGACAAUUCCAACGGUGAUUUCGAUUUCCUGUCCAGUUUUCUCGACUCCAUGUUGAGCCAGGAAAGGAAAGGCAAGGCUGUGGCCAGCCGGGCCUUUCCAGUUGCCGCUGCCCGGCAGGCAGUUCAACAAGACGCGGAGAUAGUUGAAACGGCAGCAGCCGAUGACGUCAAUGCUUCCGCCUCUGCGCCUCAACAGGACGAAAUAUCGGCAAUUCCGGCAGCUCAGACGACAUUCUUCCAAACUUCGAUGGCUGCCGAGGCGGAAGAGUUCCUGCAGUAAAAUCUAUACGGAAUGAUUGACCUAUUAAUGAAUUCA